CAAACACCUAAGUAGCGGGGUGUUUUAAUUUUCGGGUUGGCCCCAUAGCAUUCUCUUGACCCGGCCACCUGUUCAGUAGUUCGUGUGAAUUCCAGCAAGGCGUAGCCAUAAAAUGUAUCACUACCAGCAAGGCGAUGAAACUGGCGCAUAUACAGAUGCGGAGGCCGACAAGAGCUUCGCGUUCGAUGACCAGAGCAUCCGGAAAGGGUUCAUCAGGAAGGUCUACCUUAUAUUGAUGUGCCAAUUGCUGAUCACUUUCGGUUUUGUUAGUGUGUUUACCUUCUCGAAAGCCUCACAGGAAUGGGUGCAAAAAAAUCCGGCUCUCUUCUGGAUUGCAUUGGCGGUCCUUAUUGUUACCAUGAUUUGCAUGGCUUGCUGCGAAAGUGUUCGACGCAAGACGCCUCUGAACUUCAUCUUCCUGUUUCUUUUCACCGUCGCAGAGUCCUUCCUCCUGGGAAUGGUCGCCGGGCAAUACGAAGCCGAUGAGGUCCUGAUGGCAGUUGGAAUCACGGCAGCAGUGGCACUGGGACUCACCCUGUUUGCCCUGCAGACCAAGUACGACUUUACAAUGUGCGGUGGAGUUCUGGUGGCUUGCUUGGUGGUCUUCAUCAUCUUCGGCAUCAUCGCAAUCUUUAUUCCGGGCAAGGUGAUCGGACUGGUCUAUGCCUCCCUGGGAGCUCUGCUCUUCUCCGUUUACCUGGUGUACGAUACCCAGUUGAUGCUGGGCGGCAAUCACAAGUAUUCGAUCAGUCCCGAGGAGUACAUCUUCGCCGCACUGAACCUCUACCUGGACAUCAUUAACAUCUUCAUGUACAUACUGACCAUCAUUGGUCUGUCUCGCAAUUAGACAGCCAACUAUGAUGCGUAUCCGUAGUUUCCAUUCCAGUUUUAGAGAUAUGUAACUUAAUUUUAUGUUCCCACCUUAGCCACGAAGAAAUACAGACCGACUAACUAACCCUA